AAUGUUAAACAGAUUAAGGCGUGCCGACUCCCAGAGCUCUGCAUCAACAACAAAACUGCGUUGCGCACUAAAAAUUCACAGGAUUAAUAGUGUACAGUUGAUUUGAGACUGCUUUGCGUUUCUCAUUAGAAUUAUAUCACAAGGGCGUUCUCAAUCCGGUAUUUAAAUAACUACUACUGUACUAUUCGUUGUCUGGAAUAAAUCGAGCCUUGCUAAAAGCCCUUCUGCUGCUGCUGCUGCUGUUUUUAAUUAUUCUUUUUUUUUUUCUGAACUGGAGGUAAAAAAUAUGCUUAUCUUAAAAAGCUUCCUUAAAUUCAUGAUUAUUAGGAGAUGUCAUCAUUCAGUUGGAAUUAUCGGAGCUCCAUUUUCACGAGGACAGCGAAAGGAUGGUGUAGAGAAGGGGCCUGAUUAUAUAAGGACAGCAGGGUUGAUUGAAAAACUCCAAGCACAAGGUUGUCAGGUGAAGGAUUAUGGCAACUUGAAAUUGGACGAUGUUCCCAAUGAUGAACCUUUCGGGAAGGUCAGGAUGCCCAAGACGGUGGGCCUUGCUAAUCAGCGUCUUGCUGAUGCUGUACACACUGUGAAGAAGGAAGGAAGGGCCUGUGUGGUGCUUGGAGGGGAUCACAGUCUAGCAAUCGGAUCCAUUCUUGGGCAUGCAAGAUCUCAAAGGGACUUGUGUCUAGUGUGGGUUGAUGCUCAUGCUGACAUAAACACUCCGCUGACAUCUCCAACUGGCAACGUGCAUGGCCAGCCAGUUUCAUAUCUUCUGAAGGAACUACAAUCAAAGAUUCCAGUGAUGCCUGGCUUCUCAUGGAUAAAGCCCUGCAUAACAGCGAAGGAUAUUGUUUACAUUGGCCUGCGGGAUCUUGACCCAGAAGAGCAUUACAUCGUAAAGAAUUUGGGCAUCAAGUCGUUCUCAAUGACAGAGCUGGACCGAUUGGGAAUGGGUAGAGUGAUGGAGGAGACUUGCGAUCAUCUCUUCUCCAAGUAGGUUUUAAUAGCACUUGUUUAGGAUCUCCAUUGUGAAUG